AUGCCGUUCAAGAGCAUCAUCCAGGACAUGAAAGGCGAGAUGGGAAGCAUCUCGGGGAGGGGAUUUGAUGUGAAAUUUAUCAGUUUCAGCAUGCGCUCGCGGUCUCAUCGGGCCGUGGUUCAUGAUGGCCCGGCUCCAUCCCCUCCCGUGGACGCUCUCAAGCAGAGCUGCUGGGCGAACAUGCCACCAGAGCUUCUGAGGGACGUGCUCAUGAGAAUUGAGGCUUCACAGAGCUCAUGGCCAUACCGGAAGAACGUGGUGAUUUGUGCGGCUGUCUGCAGGAACUGGAGGGAGAUCACCAAGGAAAUUGUAAAGGCCCCUGAAGUAUCUGGGAGGCUAACCUUCCCAAUCUCAUUGAAGCAGGUUAGACGAAGUUGUGCUUGCUUGGUAACGAGUUUUGCUGGUGCCGUGGCUAAAUCAUGAGCUUUCAUUUAAUUUUCUGCAGAGGAAUCGUGUUGUUGUUUAAAUAUAUCAGAAGAAUUAGAUGGGACGGUAGCUUUCAUGUUUUUGGUUUUGUAAGCAUCCAACUAAAAUACCGCCUCCAAAUUAGUUGUUGUGAUUACUGUGACUAUUUCAUGAGUCUUUGCUGAGAUCUCUUUGAUCUUUUGAAUUGUAGAUAUCUUUGAUUUAAGUUCAAUGGAUGCUGAAAUUCGCUCUCUCAUAUAUCCAAAAUAGCAAGUCCGCUGCCUAGACUUGGUUCACGUUCAUGGGACUAUUUAUUGAACAACAAGUAAAUAUAAUCAAAAUACUAAACCCGAUUUGAAUAUGAUGUAGUAAAAAUAGAAUCAAACAUUAACAGGUGAACUCUACCCACUGAUUUUUGACUUGAUUAGGCUGAGGAGAUCACAUCUGGGAAGUCUAAGCUUACUUGAUCUUCAUAUUUCUUUGGAUUAUAUUUCUAGUCUCUUAGCUGUAUUUUUUAUUUUCCUGUUCAAGGAUGACACUGACUCCUUGUUUGCUUAGGGAAGCUUUCUGACCAUUGUUUUUACUGCUUACUCUCAUGUGUUGCAUUUAGCGAGUGACAAUGUCCAACGAUAACCUGGUUAAAUCGGAACAUAACCCUUGUAGAAGGUCUCUUUUUGGUCACCCGUUGUCUAAUUUUCAUGUUUGUGGUCGAUGGUAUCUUAUCUUGUAUCUAUAUGUACAUGCUCUGAUGUUAUUGAAUGCCCUCAAGUCAUUGCAACAACGUCAAGCUUUGUUUUACUUGACAUUCAAUUAAGUAUUUCAUUGCAAUGGUUCAAAAUUUGCAUGUUCUUUACUCUUCCUUUAAGAACUUGUUCUUCUUACGCUUAGAAAUAUUAUCAUUCACUGUUGGAAUCUUGGUUUGUUGCUUGCAGCCUGGCCCAAGGAAUUUCCCUCUUCAGUGCUUUAUAAGAAGAUUUGGGGCAACUCAGACAUACCAUCUGUAUCUUGGUCUAACUGAAGGUAAAGUUUUUUUUCUUCAGUUGACAUAUCUUGCAGCUAAAAUUGUGUCUACAUGAAGCCUUUGGGCACAACCUCGGUGUUGUGCCAUCUGUGCUCGUGAACUAUAUUCUUGGUUUUGAAGUCACUGGUAAUUGAGUCGUUUGCCUGGCAAAACUUGCCUUGAAAUGUGGUGUUGGGCUGAUGAAAGAAUUGUUUAAAUGUGAACUAUAUCCACUGUUACAGGAGGCCAAGUUGUAUACUCUUUUGACUAUAAAUAGAGUGGUUAUGGAGUGGACAGGUGUAGAUGAUUCCUUCUUCUAUCCAAGUACAUUAUUUGGUUUACCAUUUUCGGUGCCAAUGGGAACAGCAGUACGAAUAAUGGGAGAAAACGGCCCACCGAUAUAGUGUGGAUUUAGAUCAGGACAGGCCAUCCCUUAAAUGAGAAAAUCGUUUAUUGAAGGCUGAGCUAAAAAUAAAAGAAGGAAUUGAAGCACUCUGAGGUGAAGAUCAGUCUCUGUCUUCAUAUUCUUGGAACCAGUUGGGCACAAGGAUGGUUUGUUAGUUUGUAAGUCUUAAAUCCUUACAUGUUAUAUCAGAACUUUUGUACUGAUUUUCCCUGUUGAUACAUACUGCAGGGUAGCUCGUAUAACCUUCCGCCAGCCAAAAGCUUUGGGCAUUGUGACUUGCAUUAUACCAAUUUCUGAGCAUAUCAUUCGUGUCUAUAUAAUUGCCAAUCCAAAUUUGAGCUUAGUGGUCUAUAAUCUUUGACAUCACAUCAGCUCCUGCGAUCCAAAGAGAGAUUAUAUUAUCCUUGCAAGGAAAAUUCAGUGAAAGAUACUGUAAUAAAAUCAUGGCAUCUAAUUUUAGUUUCCAUGGGUGAUAGGACUCUACCAAUACUUUUGGAUAUCUUUGUUUCCGUCUCUCUCUAUCUCUAUCUCAUGUCUAUUCACUAUAACUGAGCGGGGUUUAGAUUUGGACGUUAAAAUGAGACAUGCUGAUUUUUCUUCUUCUUCUAUAAUUUAAUUUAAUGGCAUAAUAAAAUUUAGUUUAUCAUGCCAUCUAUAAGUUUUAGUUCCAUGGGUGGUAGGACUUUACAGAUACUUUUGGAGAAUUUUUGUUUCUAUUUGUCUGUCUCUUUCAUGGGUGGUAGGACUUUACAAGUCAUGGAGAAUUUAAGUUUUAGUUUCCAUGAGCGGGGUCUGUCUCUUUUGAAUGCUAAAAUAACAUAUGUUGACUUUUAUUUUCUUCAUAAUAUAAUGCCAUUGGGCACUGACCUUAUUGUUGUGCCUUUGUUUUGAUUUUUAAAUCUCCCAUGUCUUGAAUAUGCAUGAAAUCUCCUGCAGCUAUCUUCUUGUGCUUUCAUUUCUUUCGGUAGUUGAUAUUCUUUGUUUAUCGGUGCAUAAAAGCCAAAGUUGAAAGUCCCUGAGUUUUUUUCUUUUUGGCCUUACAGAGGCUUUUAUCUUUCAUUUCUGGCAGUCAACGGAGAAUAUUAGUGUGUCCUACUGACUAUAUAGCUCAUUGUACAUCCUACAGCCUUGUCAGAUGCGGGAAAGUUUCUCCUUGCUGCUCGUAGAUGUAGACACCCUACAUACACUGACUACAUAAUUUCUCUAGAUGCGAACAACAUUUCAAAAGGAAGCACUACGUAUAUUGGGAAACUGAGGUAGGUUGCCUCAAGCAUGUUAUGUAUUUAUUUAUUUAUCUUUUAGCUUGUUUAAAUCCCGCUCUUUGACAUGGAUGAAGUGAAUUUCCAUAAAUUCAGACUGUUUGGAUUAUUGUCCAAUCCAAUUCAACACCGAAUUGGUCAUAAGUGGAGCAUGCCCAUCAUUAUAAUUACUGGUUUAUUGCUAUAAUAAUCGAUAUGGAUGAUCGGAAAUUUCAAAAAUGCAAUUUUCACAGGUUUAUUUUUAUAAUAAACAAUAUGAGGCUAUUCUCUACACGCCUCUUCAUGUCUUUUUAUUUGCCUUUAUAAUAAUAAUAAUAAAAAAGUCAAUGCAUGAUGCUUUGACAAUGAAAACAACCUGUUUCUCAGUGCCAGAUGCUACUUUUCUCUCUGUUUCUCAGAGUCAACACCAAGAACAAUGGUGUGACUUUUUUUUAUAUAUAUUCUAAAAAUACCGACUUCAUCAUCUAAUUUUGCAGGUCAAACUUCUUAGGAACCAAGUUCACCGUCCAUGAUGGGAUGCCUCUACAUGCUGGAGCAAUGGUCACCAAGAGCCAUUCCUCCCGGUUUAGCUCAAAGCAAGUCUCCCCCAGCAGACUGGCUUCUGGGAACUACCCAGUUGUCCACAUUGCUUAUGAUGUGAAUGUAAUGGGCCCCAGGUGAGAGCCAUAUCAUCAUCAUAUCCAAUUUAGUAUGAGCAUCUCACAUGUUAUUAUUGCUAUUAUUGGGUAGAUUUGACCUCAGACCUCACAUGUUCUGGACGACCAGGGGGCCCCGGAGGAUGCAGUGCACCAUGGAUUGCAUACCCAGUUCGGCCAUGGAGCCUGGCGGCGCCGCCCCCACCCCAGCUGACCUCCCCCUCCCCCUCCAGUCGAUCCCCCUCUCGUCCAAGUCUUCUCAUGCUGGAAAUGCCUCCUCCGGAGCUCCGCCGGGGACGGACAAGGGCAAGCUGGUGUUGCAGAACAAGUCCCCGAGGUGGCACGAGCAGCUCCAGUGCUGGUGCCUCAACUUCCGGGGGCGAGUCACUGUGGCCUCUGUGAAGAACUUUCAGCUGGUGGCUUCAACUGACGAUGGGCGAGGGAGGCAGGAGGAGGAUGACGACGAUGUUCUUCUCCAGUUCGGGAAGGUGGGGAAGGACCUCUUCACCAUGGAUUUCCGCUACCCACUAUCAGCAUUCCAGGCCUUCGCUAUCUGCCUCAGCAGUUUCGACACCAAAAUCUCUUGUGAAUAA